AUGCUAGCUAACACUAUCAUCAAGGCCCUUGCGCUGUCCGCUCUGGCCACCACCGGCCUGGCCCAACCAAUCGGCCACCUCCACCACCAACACGCGAAGAGAGACGUUGUCGUCGUCACGGAGACCGUCGUCGUCUACGCAGGUUCCCAAAGUAGUACCGUCGAGUACGUCCACGCCGACCCAACUGCCGUCUCUAUCUCUUCCCACGACAACAGCCUCCAGGUUGCUCCAACCGAGACUACCUCUUACACUCCAUCAGCCACUGAGUCCGCCACUUACUCCACGUCGUCCGCUGCCGAGCCAACCUCCAGCUCCGACAGCAGCUUCAACGGUGGCUCCAAGGGUAUCACCUACUCCCCUUACGCCUCCACCGGUGCCUGCAAGUCUCUCUCGGAGGUCAAGAGCGACCUUGAGAAGCUGACCGGCUACGAGUUCAUCAGACUGUACGGUGUUGACUGCAACCAGGUCGAAAACGUCCUGCAAGCUAAGGCCGACAACCAGAAGCUGUUCUUGGGCAUCUACUACGUUGACCAGAUCCCGGCCGCCGUUUCCCAAAUCAACGACGCUGUCUCCAGCUACGGCUCCUGGGACGACAUUGACACCAUCUCCGUUGGUAACGAGCUCGUCAACUCUGGCGCUGCCGACGUUUCCCAGAUCAAGUCGUACAUCGAGGAGGCCAAGUCCGCUCUCCAGAGCACCGGCUUCAAGGGCUCCGUUGUUUCCGUCGAUACCCACGUUGCGAUCAUCAACAACCCAGGUCUGUGUGACCUGUCCGACUACAUCGCCUUCAACGCGCACUCUUUCUGGGACGGAACCGUCUACCCAGACCAGGCUGGUGACUGGCUUCUCCUGCAAAUGCAAAGAGUCUGGUCCGCUUGCGGAGGCAAAAAGAGCGUCAUGUGCACUGAGUCCGGAUGGCCACACCAGGGCUCCGCCUACGGCGUCGCUGUUCCAUCCAAGGAGAACCAGGCCAAGGCCAUCAGCUCUCUGAAGAGCGUUGUUGGCAACGACGUCAUCCUGUUCACUGCCUUCGACGACCUGUGGAAGAACCCAGGCUCGAACGGUGUCGAGCAGUUCUGGGGUUUCACUUCUUAA